GACGGGUUGAGACUACAGCAUACAAAGGCCAAGUGCAAGCGCAUGUCGCAGCUUCACACUCAAGUGGGUUCUGUUUCCGUUCAAGUUGACAUCCAUAUAGGCCAGCCGGAUGACCAACCACGGAGACAAGGCGGCGCCCGCCGUGUGGUGGCACGCGCCGGCCAUCGACUUUGUCGCGGGCUCGAUCGGUGGCUUUGCCGCCAAGUUUGUCGAGUUUCCCUUCGACACGAUCAAGGUCCAGCUGCAGACGAGUCCCGAAGCUGGUCGCGUGAGCGCGCUACGUCAAGUGCAGACGCUCGUGGUCAACGAAGGCCCGUCCGCACUGUACCGCGGGCUGCCGUUGCCGCUCGCUGGCACGGUCAUGGAGAGCGCGUGCUUGUUUACGACGAUGGGCCAAGUCAAGAAUGCCUUGUACGGGCCCGACGCGCACGACUUGCGGCCGUCCCAGGUUGGCCUCGCGGGUGGGAUCACGGGCUUCUUCAUCUCGUUCCUCUUGAACCCGAUCGAGCUCAUCAAGUGCCGCAUGCAAGUGUCGACGCUGAGUCACAAGGCCACGUACCGCAAUACGGGCGACUGCAUCGCGUCGUCGAUUCGGCACGAAGGCGUCGGCGUCUUUUAUCGAGGCUUUGGCUCGACGCUGCUCCGCGAAGUCCCGGGCACCGCCGCGUGGUUUACGACGUACGAGACGACGCUGCAGUACCUCCGUCGCACCAAGCACGACGAGUCGCCGUGGGACGUGAUCUUGGCCGGCGCCAUGAGCGGUAUGGCGUACAACGUCGCGUUCUACCCCGCCGACACGAUCAAGUCGUACAUCCAGACACACUCGUGCGCCAAAAUGAGCAUUCCGAGCGUUGCGCGGGAUAUUUUUCAACAGAACGGCCUCGUCGGCUUCUACCGCGGUCUCCUUCCGACCAUCUUGCGUGCGGUACCUGCCAACGCCGUCCUCUUCUACUGCUUCGAAGGCGUCAAGACAACGUGCCACAACGCGAUCCACGAGCCUCGGCAUGCGAUGGCUCUCGGCCAAGCGCCGUGAUUGACACCCGAACUACUACCAGUAAACUAGAUCCACCUACUUUUUGCGCGACUCUGGUACAUCUACGAUCGCUCUCGAACAUGUCCCUUGCGAGACGAAGGCCCAACGUGCCAAAUCGCGCCUUCAACUGCAAUCUGGACCGCUCCCACGAUCCGGUGCUGGAUAAAAACACGCCUCGUAACGUACAGAGAC